GACCAUUCUAAACACAAUAUUAAUCUAUCUGCGCAGAGAGCAGCAGCCACCUCGCACACUGCAAGCGAGCGUCGGAACCGCCGUGCAAAAGAGCCGGGCUCGUCUGCAUGUGUGGUUUUAAUUAACUUCAUCUCAUCUCACCGCCCGGGGACAGAAUCCGGAACGGUGCUGCGUCACACAACACUGCCCAUAACACUUUUUACACUUUGAAAAUAAUACAUUUUACAAUAAAAGCAAUUCUGCCGGCCACCCUCUUUACCUGCCUGGGUGAACGCUACUGCACUGCAUUCUUGAAAAUUCACCUCUCGUAUCGAUCUGCUUUCCUGUUUAGGAAGAGACCACGUCCUUGUGCUGGAUGAAGCAAUGAAUCAUGUGCCUAUAAACAGUCGUACAUACAGGACUGCCUUAUUGAGAAGGGUUACGUGUUCCCAAAGAAGCUCUGCUGGUUCCAUGACGAGGACAGGCGGGUACCUGCUUUCAAUCAGGAAAGUUCAUUCUUCACUCUUCAGAAGUACCGGAUUAGUUAUUUUUGACAUGGACUUUUUUUUAAAUCAGAGUACACAACACUAUGGACACAAAAGGUACGUCUGUGAGCGAUGAGGUUCAAAACACAAGCAAAUGAUGCAUUUUUCAUGAGCUUGACGGAGUCACAUGAUGAACCCGUACUGCAGAGAACACGUAUAUAGACGGUGGGAUCGUAAUUCUGUCGCCUUAAUGAACCGCCUCAGAUAACGGCUGUGUGGCACAAAGCCUGCAGUCAGGCGACAAUAUAAAGAAAACCAAGAAGGGAGAAAAAAAAUUAACAGUGUGCGGCAAUGACAUUUCAAGAAAGACCAGCAGGCGACGCUGUUGUGCCAGGUCUGGUCACCUGCGCCGAAAAUGGAGACUCUGGCGACUCGGGAACAGAAAACACUGCAAGCGAAAGCUUACCCAGUGGAUCUUCUGUCUGGCAUGGACUACGAGUCCCUGGGGAGAAGCGGGGAGCACUUCCUUGCAGCGCUGCAGAGUGGCGAUGCCUCCGCAACACAGCGCUUUAUUCUGCCUGAUGGGGGAGAAGAGGUGAACAUCUCAGAAUCGAAUGUGUCAUUCCUUUCUCUGUUCGGAGAGGAGCACCCCAGGCACAGAGUCCUGGCUCUGAGUGAGCAGGAUCGAGCAGUGCUGGCUCUCUACCUGUGCUCAGGCUGGUGGGCUGUGGAGGAAGCCCUGAGGACAUCUGACCCCUCCAGACACGGGCUCGUAGAGGUGCAGUCUGUGGGAGAGAGGCUCGUCCUGUUCAUCCUGAACCAGAUUGUUUACGGGACCCAGGAGAGCCCCCCAGACCAGGACAACCCCCUCUUCACCCCCCACCCCCCCAGGGAGCAGGCCACGAUUCUGUGGCAAGAAGGGGAGGCAGCUGGCUUUUACACCGUCAAGAGGAAAGGUAGCCUGUGUGGCGGCUGCACCAGCUUGUGUUACCAGCUCCCGGUCCUGGACACUGUGUUCGUCAGGAGGAGCUGGAGGAGGAGGGGGCUGUGCCUGGAGAUGCUGGAGGGUUACUGCAGCUCCUUCAAUGGAGAGGAGGUACUGGGGAUCAGCUACCCCGUCUCCACAGCCAUGUACCAAGUCUGCAGAAAGUAUCUGCUGGCACACCCAGAGCAGCGUGAUCGCCUGUACGAGGCAGAGCCUCCGGGACACUGGAGCCAGAGGCAGAGCAUUUGGUUACAGAUUCAGUUGGGGAAGAUUCCUUCAGCUGAUGAACAACAGGCUGCAGCUGAGAGAAUCCUAUUAGAAGAGAGCAGGGCAGACAGCUAUGCUCAAGAGGGUCUCAGUAAGGAGAGUCCUGAUUCCGUUCCUGCUGCAGCCGCCUGCCCUUCGAAACUCAAACGGAAAGGAGGAGCCACCCUGGAAGAAGUUACUCCCAAAGUGAAGAAAUAGUACAAGGAGCGGAGAGGGAGUGCAGCCCAGCUCCCAACCUAACCCUGAAAACCACCACUGUGAAGAACAUGCUUACGACAGGACAGGGGGCAGGGGCACUGCAGCACUGUACGGAGACGGGACGGUGUAGCUCUGCUGACGCAGUGGAGCCGCACUGCAGCACUGUACGGAGACGGGACGGUGUAGCUCUGCUGACGCAGUGGAGCUGCGCUGCAGCACUGUACGGAGACGGGACGGUGUAGCUCUGCUGACGCAGUGGAGCCGCACUGCAGCACUGUACGGAGACGGGACGGUGUAGCUCUGCUGACGCAGUGGAGCCGCACUGCAGCACUGUACGGAGACGGGACGGUGUAGCUCUGCUGACGCAGUGGAGCCGCACUGCAGCACUGUACGGAGACGGGACGGUGUAGCUCUGCUGACGCAGUGGAGCUGCGCUGCAGCACUGUACGGAGACGGGACGGUGUAGCUCUGCUGACGCAGUGGAGCCGCACUGCAGCACUGUACGGAGACGGGACGGUGUAGCUCUGCUGACGCAGUGGAGCCGCACUGCAGCACUGUACGGAGACGGGACGGUGUAGCUUGCACUGCAGUACUGUACGGAGAUGGGACGGUGUAGCGCGUGCUGCUUCUGGUCAAUCUCCCAACAUGACCAGGCUUUCUCUGCAACAUUUAAAUUAGUCAUUUCAAAUGGGCUAAAAUACUUCCAGGAUUGUAAUGUAAUGUACUGUGUGAAGGGAAGCCACUGUAAUUGUGUAUUUCCAUCUGUUCAGUUGGCAUGUCUCUUAAAUUUUGUCCAUGUAAGAACUGCAUGUUAAUGUACAUUUACAUGUGCUUGUAAUAUAUCGCUAUGUGUAUAUGAUGUGUGUGUAUGUUGAUAAGUAUGAGAAUAUUUGUGCACGUUUCUCCAGACUCUGUAUUUUAACUGGGUGCAUACAUUCUGACGAAGCUUGACGUGAGCCAAUAAAAGAUUAUCGUUUGUUUCAGAA